CUGUUGCCAUUAGUGACGGAGAUCUCGCGAUAGUCUGAGAAGGGGAAAUCCCGCUCGACGCCCGCGCCAGUAACCAAUAUGGCGGCCUUCAUGAGGGGAGCGCGAGCCCCCUUCUUGCUGCUCGGGCCGGCCUUGGGCAGCGCGGCCGGGCGGCGAGGGGUCCGCGCGCUGAAGAGGAGCCCCGUCCGCGUGCUGCCCUCCGUCGCGGAGACGCGGGAGGAGCAGCGACGGGUCGUCCCCGGCCCCCCUCAGCCCAAGGCCGGCCCUUCGAAGAAGCCUCGGGACCAGGCCGGCUGGGAGAGCAAGGCCCCAAAGGCAGCGGCCGCGAAGGAAGAGAAGAAGGGGCCGGAACGCAAAGAAGCGGAACUUUGCUUCCAGAAGGCGCAAUCCGGAGACAAGAGGCUUAGCAAAGUGGUGACACUUGCCAAGUCCAGGUCGUUUCGCGAGAGACACGGGAAGAUCCUGCUGGAGGGCAGGCGACUCAUCGCCGACGCACUGGCAGCUGGCGCCAUUCCCCAGACACUCUUCUUCAGCGCCAUAGAGCAUUUGAAGGAGCUGCCAUUGGACAAGCUGAAAGGCGUCAGCCUUGUUAAGGUGAAGUUUGAAGACCUCAAGACCUGGUCUGAUGUCAUCACAUCUCAGGGUGUGAUUGGAAUCUUCUCCAGACCAGACCACGCCAAAAUGGCGUACCCAGAAGUCCAGCGAGAACAUGCGCUGCCCCUCUCUCUGAUCUGCGACAACAUCCGCGACCCAGGGAACAUGGGCACCCUCCUGAGAUCAGCAGCUGGAGCAGGCUGCAGCAGGGUGCUGCUUCUAAAAGGCUGCGUCGACGCCUGGGAGCCCAAAGUCCUCCGGGCAGGGAUGGGAGCUCACUUCCGCCUCUCCAUCCUUUCCAACCUAGACUGGGGGGUCCUGCCAAGCUACCUCCUCCCCGACAGCUGUGUGCAUGUGGCCGACUGCUCCCAGGCACAGGCCACACCGGCAGUGGCACAGAACGCCGCCAGCCAUGGCUGGGUCUCGCGGCCCUACAACCUGAAGGCGAAGCCGGCUCUGCAGGAUUGGGACCGUGAUUUGGAUGGCAGCGAAGACGAGAGGCAAGAAUCGGGCCGGCUGGAAGUCCAGCCUUACUCUGAGCCCUGGAUGGAGGGUCCCGCGACGGCGGUGGUGAUCGGUGGGGAGACCCACGGCGUGAGCACGGAAGCCAGGCAGCUGGCCCAGAGCACUGGGGGGAAGCGGCUGGUCAUCCCCGUGGUCCCUGGUGUGGACAGCUUGAACUGUGCCAUGGCUGCCAGCAUCCUCCUCUUCGAAGGAAAGCGGCAGGUGAAGCUGUCAGAGGCGGGGAGAAACCCCGUUUCCGGGAUCUGGCAGAACUGUUGAGGAAUAGAUGCCGGAGUCUUUCCUGUGGGGGUGUUCAGAGAAACAAACAUUGCCCUUUGGUUUUGGCCCCUCCAUCUUGGAGAGCCAAUUCUCUCUGACUUCGUUGCCGAAGAGAACCAAAGUGAACAGGAAGGGAGGGGGCAAGUGUCUUUUAAGAGACUGUAGUUUGCAAAAGGCUGUUUGCCAGGAAGGGCUCUCUGGGAGAGGUAAGUGUGAUUGCAAGAAAGCCCAGCAGAAACAUUCAACCCCAUUUUUACACUUUUUCUGCUUCAUUCGGUUGUUUCCCCACAUUGCGUCACUGGGGCUUAUGGGGGCAUAUGUACGUGGAGUGCCUGUGCAUUUGAAUUCCUUCCACCCCUGGUGGGAAAACACAAAAACCACAGGUCCCUGCAUCUAGAAAACCAGCACUUCAGGGGGAAAUGUUUGGAUCUUUCCUUGAGGUUCUAGCUAACUCCAUGCAGGGAUACUUUGAUAGGAAAAACAACAACUAUCGAGGGACAUUCCAGAAUAGGACCCUGCCCCAAGCGCACAUACCUGGCUGGCUAAAGGGGUACAAUCCAGACUCUCAGAUCUUGCAUGCGUUUUGAAUUCUGAAACUCAGAGAUAACAAAGAAAGCUUUUGCCUUGGGCCCGGAGGCCCUCACCCUGUGAAGCUGGCACAAAAUCAAUGUAGCCAAGCGCCCCAGGGCUGUGGCAUCUGCCAGCGUGUACUUUUUUAAAAGCUUCAUCCCCACCCCAUCUUUUUCCCCCUCCUCCCUUUUCUGGCAGCAAAGGUGAAUUGCUGGGUCUGUGACUCAGCCUCUGGCACAGCUUCUAGGGUGACCUCACCAGGUCCUCUCUGAUCCCUUGCCAAGGGCACGGCGCAGCUUGUCGCCUGUGGCGGGUGACCUCAAGCUGCCACAGGCUCCCUUGCCGUAGUCCCUCCUCACAAUGCAAUGUGUUUGUUCAGGCCUUUUUCCGGUUGGCGUCUCUCUCUCCUGCUGAAUGACCCUUCCUGGCUGAGCCUAUAAACUCCUGAUUUGGGGGGGGGGGAGAAUCUCCAUCUAUUUCCUUCCUAGCCCUCCCAAUCUCUUCUUUUGUCCAAAUCAGAUGCACAGGUUUCUUACCCAGAUAACGUUUUAGUGCAUUAAGCCAAUAAGUUAAAAGACAAACCUGCCAAACGGUCAUCCUGGUUAAAGAUCAAGCUUUUAAAUCUCUUUCUGCUGGGAAAAGAGAUCUUCCCAUUGUUUAUGUGGAGUUGUACAGAAUAAAUUCUGGAUUUGCUCCCCUC